AUGCCAACAGCAGACUACAAGAAAGGAGAACCCAUGCCUCACUCCUUUAACGACUUGAGGCAAGAACAUCUGGACCAUAAUAUGAAUGGCCGCUCCGGGCCUCCUCCGCUGUCCCCUAAUCCAAGCGAAUGGUCAGGCUUUUCUCACUACCAGAAUGGUGGCCCACCGUCUCGAUCACCAGGCUAUCCCCCAAAUGGUCGUAACAACAUAGUCACACCUCCAAUGUCUGGAUCCUCGACUGGUACUGAUCCUCGCAUGUCUAAUGGCAUGCCCAACCGCGCCGGUGGACCUUCACCGCCACAUUCAAUUGCUGCACGCUCGAGCUAUGGCACAACAAUGUCAUCGAGUGAUACCAAACGACGACAGACAAUAAAUCAGGAAGACAGACUGGCGCAACAUUAUGCCAUCCUGAAAAGAUUUCUAGGACAAUCCUUACGAGAUGAAAAGGGGAACAUGAAGCCCAACCGGGCACGAGAUAAAUUACUUCGACUGUCAGGAAUACAAUUUCAGGAGUUGAGCACGGAUGUCUACGAUGAACUGCUUCGAAGACAAAGCGCACAAGGGCAGCGGGAGAAUGGCCCUGGUGGUGUUCCUCCCUAUCUCUUACCCAAAGACAACUUCCAUCCGAAGAGGAAUCAAGCACGGCAGAAAUUGGCCACGCUUCCUCCGCCCCGAUUUCGAGAUCUAGCGACCGAUGUUUUCUAUGAAUUGGAGCGAAGGAUCCCACACCUCGCCGGUCGAGAUAUACCUCGAGGGGGUAGUCCAGCUCUCGGUCCUCCGAGCCGGGCAGGCACGCCUAAUAGCAUGCGAGGGCCUGGAUAUGGACCCAGGAACCAAUCGUUAUCUGGACAAUUGAUGGCACCAGAUGACCCAUAUGGUCGACCAACGGCAAAGCAAUUCCAAAGCAACACCAUCAUACCAAACAAGAGUACCAUGGUGGAAGAUGACGACGACGAUGGUCUCAGCGAUGUCUACGCAAGUCGAAGGGACACAACAUUUACAUCAAGAAGUGUGGGUGCUUCAGACAAAGACCGCAAGGCGAUAGCAGAACUAGAGACCCAGGUCACAGAAUUACAAGACAAAAUCAAAGAGUCAGAGGACCGGCUGCGCGAUAAAGAUCUGAAUCUAGCAAGGCUUGAUGAUCAGUUCAACACCGCGGAGAGAGAGCGGAAACGAUAUUCUGAUAUACAAUCGGAUAUAGAAGACAAAUUACAAAAUGCGCGUGGUCUCAACCAGAAGCUGCAGGCGGAACUGGACAGAGUUCGAGCCGAGCAGGCCAGCAGCGAGCGCGAUUUGCGCUCCCAAAUUGAUGCGAUGACAAACAAAGCCCAAGGUAGUAACGAGUGGAGAAACCGCUUCGAAGGAUUAGAAAGAACACAUCAAGAGCUGCAGUCGGAGCUUUCACAGCAGGAGACAGUCACAAACGAAGUCAAGCAGGAGGCCACAGGCUUCUUAGGCCAGAUGAAAAGCUUAUCUGAACGAAGCGCUCAGGCAGUAGAACGCGAAGAGCAAUUGGUCAUUCAAGUCCAAAGACUAGAACACGAACUCGGAGAAUGGAGGGAUCGUUACGCUCUUGCCAAAACCCAGGCAGAGGCAACACACGCUCCGCUGAUACAGCCUCCAGAUACUCGAGAGCUCACUAAGGAUGGCAGCCUCAUUGCCCAACACGGGGCCAUCAAGGACAUUUUUGUGACCAAAUUUCAGAUUGCGAUUGAGGAACUUUUGCGUAGUGCAAGAAGCGGAGAACGUCAAAGAGUCUUACAACAUGUCAGAACAGUAGUUUUAGCUGUGCGGAACAUGACUAUGGCAGUACAAUCCGAUCGCAGUGAGACGACGGCAAGGGUGAAGGCUAAGAUUUCAGCGACUGCAAACAACCUCAUCACAGCCGCAAAGAAUUACGCUAUGUCGGAAGGCCUAAUGCCCGUUGCACUGCUAGAUGCAGCCGCAUCCCAUCUAUCAACCUCCAUAAUUGAGCUCCUCCGGAUUGUUAAGAUGCGGCGCUCUGCAGGCGAGGAAGUGGAAGACGACACUAACAGCGAUAUUGUUGACUCACCAGCCGACUAUUAUGGGCUUAGCAACGGACGAUCCAGUGUUGGGGGAGAAUCAGCCUACAGCACAGACAGCAAGCCUCAACUUAAUUCGCGGACAUACUCGGGGUCAAAUGAACGGAAGCCUUUGCCAAAUGGCAUUCCCAACGGAAUGACGCCACGGCAACCUCAGCAGAGUGGCCCUCGAGACGUAAAUAUCGAAGAGCUCAAGAAUUUCCUCGAUAGUCGCACCGACAUUCUCCGGUCUACGCUACAAAACCUAGUGUCGUCCAUUCGGACCUCUGCGCCGCCACCUGAUGUGCUCGACGCGAUAGCUUCAAUUACGUCGACUACAAGCCAGAUCAUUCACCAGACGAAUCAGUCUGUCCCUCAAGGCUCCAAGCCGAGCAGUGUCGCGAAUUCACUGUCUCGACUGGUGGACAAGCUCGAGGAGAAGGGCAGAGAAGGGGAAGAGGUGACGACUGAGGCGGUUUGGAAGGAGUACGUCAAUGGCCUACCGCCGAUCGGAUUUGAAAUUGCUCGAGGGGUCAAGGAACUUGGACAGUGGAUUGAAGAAGAGGUCCGGGGGGGAGAUUUCAGUUGA